CUCCCUCAUCACCACAUUCAAAUUCGUUUCUUCUUCAAAGCACUCUUAUCUCCCACACUCAUUCAAACACAACACAACACAGUCACAAACACACUCAACACUCCACACUCAAAUCUGGCCUCAAAACUCUCUUGUUCUCUUCCCUUCUCCCUCAUUUCCUUGUCAUUUUCCUCCUCCUUCUUCCUUUUUCUCCAACCAUAAUCCACAUACUUCACUCAAGCACACAGAGAGAGAAAGUUCAGUGCUUUUGGGUAGAAUCACCAUCCCAUUAUCCUGCAUUUACCAUUUCAUGCAUUGAUUCCAUCUGGGUCUCUCUCAAAAUCCCUUUUUGAUGAUGGACACCGCUUCAUCUCCUUUGUCCCUCCAAAGCCAAAAGACAAGCUUCCAGGACCUUCCAGAAGCUUCCCCCAAGCCUUACAAGAAGGGCUUUGUGGCCACCCUAAUGGGAGGAGCCUCCACUAAUCCUUCCUUCAAAGAAGACAACUACUUUGUCUCCCUCCUCAGGUCCUCAGAGAAGAAAGCCCUUCAGGAGCUGAAGGAGAAGCUCAAAGCUUCCUUUGAAGACUCUCCCUCUGAUGCCUCCAUGUGGGGCAUUCCCCUCCUUGGAGGGGAUGACAAAGCUGAUGUUAUUCUGCUGAAGUUUCUUAGAGCAAGGGACUUCAGGGUUGGUGAUGCCCUACACAUGCUUGUAAAGUGUCUUGCUUGGAGGAAGGAGUUUGGUGCUGACACCAUUUUGGAAGAGGAUUUGGGGUUCAAGGAGCUUGAAGGAGUGAUAGCGUAUAUGCAAGGGUAUGACAAAGAGGGGCACCCUGUGUGCUACAAUGCUUAUGGGAUGUUUAAGGACAAGGAAAUGUAUGAGAGGGUAUUUGGUGAUGAGGAGAAGCUGAAAAAGUUCCUCAGGUGGAGGGUUCAAGUACUCGAGAGAGGCAUCAAGGUUCUUCAUUUCAAGCCUGGUGGAGUCAAUUCUCUAAUCCAGGUCACAGACCUCAAGGACAUGCCGAAGAGAGAGCUGAGGGUGGCUUCCAACCAGAUCCUCUCCUUGUUCCAAGACAACUACCCGGAAAUGGUGGCUCGCAAGAUUUUCAUCAACGUGCCAUGGUACUUCAGCAUGUUGUAUUCAAUGUUCAGUCCGUUUCUGACUCAGAGAACCAAGAGCAAGUUUGUGAUCUCUAAGGAAGGAAAUGCUGCCGAGACACUUUACAAAUUUAUUAGGCCUGAGGAUAUUCCUGUUCAGUAUGGAGGACUGAAACGGCCCAGUGAUUUGCCGAAUGGUCCCCCAAAACCUGCAUCUGAGUUCACAAUCAAAGGAGGAGAGAAAGUGAACAUACAGAUUGAAGGAAUUGAGGCUGGUGCAACAAUCACAUGGGACAUUGUAGUGGGAGGGUGGGACUUGGAAUACAGUGCUGAAUUUGUGCCAAAUGCUGAAGGAAGCUACACCAUAGCAGUUGAAAAGCCAAGGAAGAUGGGAGCCUCGGAAGAAGCAAUCCACAACUCAUUCACAUCAAAAGAAUCUGGAAAGAUGGUACUCUCAGUUGAUAACACUGCCUCAAGGAGGAAAAAGGUUGCUGCUUAUCGCUAUGUUGUCCGCAAAAGCAGCACCAUUUAAGACGGCCAUUAAAUAGAUUUUAGGACCUUUCAUUAAUAUUUUGCAUGUGAUGUUUACUUUUUCUACCUUUUUUUGGUUAAUUUUUAGAGGGUCUCAUUUAUGUUUCUGAACUCUUUAAAGCCUGUUCCACAGGUAUUAACUAGUAGUGGUACUAAUGUGAUGUAAAAAGGAUAAAAAAACUGGUGGUGUUAGUAUAUGGCUUGGUAUAGAAGGAAAGCAGAUUAAGUUUGCUUAUAUAGCAUACCAAAUUACUGUUUGUUGCCCCCAUUAGAUCGUGUGUGAGACCAUUGAUUGUAUUGUCUCUGAGACACGUGGUUGUUGUGUAUGUUGGAAUCUAGAGGCAUCAUCACAUUGUGAAGGAGCAAUCUAUGGUUUAUGAUUUGAGGUU